UCAUGACGUCAGAUCAUGACGCGGCAACGCCCUCCUGCCGUCAGAGCUAAGGUCAGGGUUGACCCAGCAUGCGACAGGCGGCAAGGAGUAUCAUAAAUGGCGAUGAACAUUUCCAGAAGGUUUAGACGGACCAGCAUUGUGUUCAUGACAAUUCUUGGACUUGUGUCUGUCGUUUAUUUAAUGUUACCCUCCCACAACUUGCCAGACCUUUCUACUUUGCAAGAAAACAAUAUCGACAUUUGCUUUGCAUGGAGAAUGGCAGACAAACGAGCCUUGUGGACUGUACCAUGGUGGGGGCGUGCCUGUGAUAUGGAAAGUGACUGGGUAAGAGGAGGGUGCACCUGCAAAAACAAAAAACAAAUGGGAAACUGGGAUGUUUGCUUUGAUGAUAACCUUGUUCCUCAGAACAAUUGUUUAGUGUACUCAUUUGGCAUUCACUAUGACUUUAGCUUUGAUGAAGCCAUGGCAGCCAUAGGAUGCACCGUCUACUCCUUUGAUCCCAGCAUGCUGGACACUGCUGACCACAAGCGUGGGGACCGUGUUUUCUUCCAGAGAAUUGGCAUCAGCGAUAAGGACGACGACGAUUUUGUACCCAGUGUCGAUGAGUAUGAUGAACAGCACCCGGCGGUCAACGGUUGGCCGAAGAGACGUCUGCAGACAAUCCUUGACCUCCUGGGUCACAGAAAGGAGCAGCUGACCGUGCUUAAGCUGGACAUUGAGGGCUAUGAGUGGGACGUCACUCGUGAUCUUCUUGACUCGGGGAUCUUGUCGUCCGUCCCGCAGUUUCUGGUGGAGUGGCACCUGUUGAAGGACUUUCCGCCUCAAGAACGAGUCCCUGAUGCCGUUGAAACGUACUUCCGUGUGCGUGACAUGGGCUUCCAGUUUUUCCACAUCGGCAGCUUCUUCCACCCAUUACCGAACUACUUGAUAAUGAAGGCAAAGGUUGCCUACCUUAACACGAAACGAAACUGACCUGUCCCUCUAUUUUGUUUGUUUUUUUUUUUGCUCAAUCAACUCAGAUUUAAACUCUUACUAUGUCCUCUUUAAUUGAAACAAGCGUUAUAAUAAUAUCAAACUCUAUUAUUAGUAGUUCUUCCCUCACACGGGGUAGCUGACAAAGUUAGAUAUGAAUGGCAAUGAAGGGGAAGUAACUAGUGCUUCUGUUUGUCCCUCCUUCUAAGAUUCGUUAUGGGUACCACCUGUUUACAGACUUUCCACUUGGUAAUACAGUUUUGUGGAAAACGUUUGGCUUACAAUUUAUUAUAUAGAAUAUUUAUAUUUUUGUUCACAGUCUCUUUUCCGAUCUUCUAUUACAAAGGAUUUCACACUUAGCCAAACAUGAACCUAUAAAUAUAAUCGUUUACUAUAAUUAAAAUAAAACUGAAUGUCCUAACUAAUGUAAAAUUUAAGAUGGUUUUACUAUAUUUUUCUUAUAACUUAGUAAAGAGGUAUCGACAAGUGUUUUAGAAGAAAUAAAUAAAUUAGUAAAAAUGUUCCUCAGGGAUUAAUGGAUUUGGUCCUUGUCCUUGUCCUGGAUUUCUUUGUUUGUAAAGGUGCAGAGAUCUGAGCCUCGUAGUUUCUUGAUGGUAUAGUUGCUGUUUGUAGCUACAACACGAGGCAGACUAUGGUAUUUGAACCACAGGUUUUGUAUCUGUUGUAGCAGUAAAUGGAUCAUUCGUCCUCAUUGAAGGUGUGAAAAAGUUUCUCCCCUAUUUGAAUGCAUGUAGGAGGCGUCCAGCACUUUUCCUUUUUUUUACAAAGUAGUUUACUUUUUAUCCAUUUUGCGACUUUUAUGUUUAGUUAUUGUAAACAGUUGUAUACUACAUUUAAUAUCUAUUUCUGAUCCUUUCCAUAAGGGACGAAUCUUUGCUUUAUAUAUGACAAUUUCUCUGAUUUGAUGUUUGGACACUUUAUGCAGAGGUUCUGGAAGUGACAAUGUUAAAAUCUAUUGCAAAAGUGUGCAAAACGGUAAAGACACGUUUUCAAAAACAUAA